AUGCCUCAUCCUGCUGUUCUGGCAGCAAUCGUAGUCGGAGGCGUCGCAGCUCUGGGUCUGGCCAUUUACAAGCAGUUACAGGAACAAGAGAAUUACUACCAUUAUCAACAGCAGAGUUAUAACUCAAGACAGCAGCAUCGCAAUGUGUUUCGACACAGCAACGAUUUUGAGCUUGACCAAGAUUUCAUGGCAGAAGAAGACGAUAAAGAAGACAACCCUCAUCAUCUACACCAUGAUACUACCCAAUUGCGCAGUAGAAAACCGUAUUCAAAGGGUUUCUCUGAUCAUGAAGAUGAAGCCACUAGCCAUAAUGAAAAAAAAACAGCUACAUCAUCACUUGAUCAAGAUCAAUUCGAGCUAGCAGAACUCGAAAGUUCUAUUGCAGAAAGAAAGAGAAGACUCAUGGCAGAGCAGGCAUUCCUCGAUAGAGAAGAAGAGAACCUUAGAAAUCGUCGUCUGGAGCUUCAAAGGGAAGAGCAAGGUUUCUAUCAAGCUGCUGCAUCUAGUCCCAAUGAAGAAACGGAAUCUGGUGUAUCUGCUGUCGAAGUGUUGGAUCCAUUUGCUACCCACUUUGCUUACAGUGGGAAUGAUGACAGUGACGAUGAUAGUUACUAUCAACAUGGCCAUGGAAAUGCUAGUAGCAGUGGAGAGCAUACAGCCAUUCUUAUCAACAGCAAGAGAGAGGAAUCAGAGAGCAGCGGUGCUCACGAGAGCGACCAUAGCAAUCAUAUGCACUCAUCCAACCUUCAAUUUCCUGAUGCUUCAGAAGUGAUUGUUACUGACUCGGAGGCUGGCACAUCUGUUAGUUCCUCUCGCGCUGUUUCUGAUUCAGAAGAGAGCUGGGAUGCUGUCAGCGAGAAUGAAUGGGCUCGCCAUUCUGAUAACGAAUUUGAACAUUAG